AUGGCACUAAAGACUCUCUCAGCCAAGGCUGCUGCCGCGCUAGACAAAGAGCUCAUGAGCACAGGAGCAUUUUCCAUCGACCAGCUUAUGGAAUUGGCAGGACUAUCGGUUUCGCAGGUUAUUUACCGUGUUCAUCCAUUAGACAAAGGCUCACGAGUGCUCGUGGCUUGCGGGCCAGGAAACAAUGGUGGUGAUGGACUGGUCGCUGCCCGUCAUCUCAGACACUACGGCUACCAACCCACCAUUUACUACCCGAAACGUAGCAAGAAUGAACUUUACCAGCGUCUCGCAAAGCAGCUGGAAGAUCUCGAAGUCCCAUUCGUCGAAGACUUUUCGUCUGCUGUGAAGUCCACGGAUCAUAUUGUCGAUGCCAUAUUCGGCUUCAGCUUUUCGGGCGAAGUUCGAGAGCCUUUCCCGGCAGUCAUCAAGGCCCUUGAAGAGACCAAUAUUCCGGUCACUUCGGUCGAUGCGCCGUCUUCAUGGAAUAUUGAAGAUGGUCCCCCAAAAUCGGGCCUUGGCAGUUCAUUCAUGCCAGACUUUUUAGUCAGCCUCACUGCGCCCAAGCCUUUGGUGAAGCAUUUCAAGGGUCGGCAUUUCGUGGGUGGUCGAUUCGUUUCGCCGUCAAUUGCCAAGAAAUAUGACUUUGAGGUUCCCAAAUACGAGGGACUUGACCAGAUUGUUGAAAUCAGUCCCAAUGGCCAGAAGCUCUGA